AAAGGGGAGAUAGGAGCUGGGAGCAAGGGAAAAGAAAGGUCCAAGGCUAUUUUUUUCCCCCAUAUGGUUAGAUUACUUUUCAGUUGUGAGGAUCUGCAUGCGUAUGUUUUAUUUUGUUUUGUUUUUAAGGUUUAAUGUUUUCAAGCGUGAAUGUGAUUGGAAAUGCUUGUAGACAUGGAAACACGACUGGUCACUGCCAAGCCUCUUCUCUUAGCCCUGCUUGUUACUCUUCGGCUACACUGUCAAGUCUUUGUCCAUGGUGCCAUGGACUUGUGCUAUGAUGGGGAAGGCAAUGUGAGCCGUUGCAUGCCCAAGUUUGAGAAUGCAGCGUUCAACCGCUCUGUGCUGGCCUCCAAUGUGUGUGGUUCCCCACCUGAGGACUACUGCAUGCAGACCGGCUCAACACGGUUGUGUCAUCAGUGUGAUGCGGCAGACCCAGGUCUCAACCACAGUGCUAGCCUCCUGACAGACUUCCAUUUGGACGACGAGCCCACAUGGUGGCAGAGUCAGUCCAUGUACUAUGGCACUCAACACCCCAACUCAGUCAACCUCACCCUCCACCUCGGGAAGGCCUUUGAGAUAACCUACGUGCGACUAAAAUUCUACACCAGUCGACCGGAGAGCUUUGCCAUCUACAAACGUACCAAGGAAGGUGGUCCGUGGUUGCCCUACCAAUAUUACAGUGCCUCCUGUAAGAAGACCUAUGGCCAGGAUCCCAAGGGUUACAUUCGACCUGGGGAGGAUGAGCGGACAGCCGUGUGUACAGAUGAGUUCAGUGAUAUCUCUCCUCUGACUGGAGGCAAUGUGGCUUUCUCUACCCUUGAAGGACGCCCCAGCGCCUACAACUUUGACCAAAGUCCAGUGUUGCAGGAAUGGGUGACAGCCACAGACCUGCUCAUCUCUUUGGACAGGCUCAACACCUUUGGAGAUGAGUUCUUCAAGGACGCCAAGGUGUUGCGCUCGUACUACUACGCCAUCUCUGAUUUCUCUGUGGGUGGCAGAUGUAAGUGUAACGGCCAUGCCAGUGAGUGUGUUGAGGGGCAGCAUGGGAGCCUGGUUUGUGCCUGUCAGCAUCAUACGGUGGGAGCGGAUUGCCAGAAAUGUCACCCAUUUUACCAGGACAGACCCUGGGCUAGGGCCACUGGGGACUCUGCCAAUGAAUGUUUGAAGUGCAACUGCAGCGGGAGAUCAGACGAGUGUGUGUUCGACAUGGAGCAGUAUAGGAGCACUGGCAGUGGGGGGCGCUGUGUGGGCUGCAGAGACAACACAGACGGGCCCCACUGUGAACGCUGCAGAGAAAACCACUACAGGGGCUCCUCCCAAGAGCCCUGCCUGCCAUGCCACUGCAAUACCAACGGCUCAGUCAGUCUCCGGUGCAACAUAGAGGGAAAGUGUGUGUGUCGCACAGGUGUGACAGGGGACAAGUGUGACACAUGUCAAGCAGGCUUCCACUCGCUUGGCCCCAGUGGCUGCAGGCCAUGCGAGUGCGACACCAGGGGCAGUGUGGGAGACUGCUCUUCACUGGAUGGAACUUGUUACUGCAAGUCGAAUGUGGAGGGACAAGCCUGUGACAGAUGCAAGCCAGGCUUCUACAAUCUGCAACAAGCCAACCGAGUCGGCUGUCAGUCGUGUUUCUGCUAUGGCCACUCCCUCGCCUGCUCGUCGUCCAAUCAACAUUCUGCUGUCAACAUCACUUCCGACUUCCUUGAAGAUCAGGAUGGCUGGGUAGGAGAGUUCUCUAGAGAACAGGAGCAUCCCCUUCUGUGGAAGGAGGGUGAAGUCUACCUCCUUCCUCUCUCUGAGGAAGACAUCGGCUUCUACAAAGCUCCCAAGAAGUUCCUGGGGAACCAGGUGUACAGCUACGGCCAGCUGCUCUCCGUCAGCUUCACCUCCGAGACCAGAGAGCUUCUCCCGAACCGCAUUACUUUGCUCUUGGAAGCGCCGAGGGUCACCUUGUCAGCUGAACUCCUGCCCCACCCCGUGGUUGACCACAAACCCGGCCCUGCACCCCAACGUACCUUUAACAUCAGACUUCAGGAAGGGGAGAGGGGAUUUAAGUCUUCACUCUCUACCUUUGACUUCCAGCGCCUCCUCGCCAGCUUGACAGCUCUCAGAAUCAGCAAUGCAGGUGGACACAACUAUACAUCUCAGCUCUCGGGGGUAUCUCUGGCCUCAGCUGCCUUCUUCUCUCAUCCAGUCAACCUUCCUGCCCCCUGGGUAGAAUUGUGUUCCUGUCCCCUGAACUUUGUGGGCCAGUUCUGUGAGCAUUGUGCCCCAGGAUUUACAAGAGACAUCCCUAGCCGAGGGCCCUUCUCGUCAUGUGUGCCGUGCAACUGCCAUCAGCACGGAUCCUGCCACCCAGAAACCGGCGUGUGUGCGUGCUCUCACUUCACCUCGGGACUGAACUGUGAACGCUGCAUGGACGGUUACUAUGGCAACCCUUUGAUUGGCACACCCGGUGACUGCCAACCUUGCCCUUGCCCAGAUCACACCAGCUGUGCCCAGAUAGCAGAGACAGGGGACGUGGUCUGUACCAACUGCCCUACAGGACAGACUGGGAUGCGUUGUCAGAUGUGUGAGGAUGGUUACCAUGGUGACCCCCUGGGCCAAUUUGGACCGGUUCGAACAUGUUUGAGAUGUGACUGCAAUGGCAAUGUCGACCUCAAUGCAGUUGGCAUAUGUGAUCACAUGACUGGCCGAUGCCUUAAAUGCCAGGGCCAUACGGAGGGUGACCACUGCCAACGCUGCCAAAAGGGUUUCUAUGGUGAUGCUAUGAGCCAGAACAGGGGCCAGAAGUGCAAACCUUGCAGCUGCAGUCCUGCUGGAACUUCAGGGCUGCUGGAGGAAUGUCACCCCCAGACAGGAAGUUGUCGGUGCCUCAGUCAUGUUACUGGGCGUGACUGCGGCCAUUGUGAAGUUGGCUUCUUUAACCUGCAACCUGGAAGGGGAUGUGAGAGGUGCAACUGUAAUCCAAUUGGCUCUCUGUCCACGGCAUGUCACCUGGUCACAGGACAGUGUAUGUGUCGCCUGGGAGUGGAGGGUAUACAGUGUGACUCUUGUCGAGUGGGCUUCUUUGGAUUCUCCUCACGAGGUUGCAGAGCCUGCAACUGUGACCCGAUGGGCUCCAUUUCCAUGCAGUGUCACAGCAAUGGUACCUGCCACUGUCGCCAGGGCUUCGUUGGUUAUAAGUGUGACAAAUGUGAGUCGAACUACUACCACAACAGAGCCACGCACCAGUGUGAGGAGUGCCCGGUCUGUUACGGUCUGGUUAAGGAGAAGGUGGAGAAGCUGAGGGGUCACUUGCAGGAUCUGGAGAAGCUCCUGGGGCUCUUUGACUGCAGAGGUAGAGCUGGGCAGCAGCUCACCUUCACCAACAUGCUGAGGUAUCACGUGCACGGGCGUCACGAGCAUGAGCACCAGAGGGAGGAUGCCCUGCCAAACGCGCUGGAGGACUUCCUUGCCAUUCAAGAAACACGGGAGGCCUUCGUAAAACAAUUUUCCGUGCUUGAAGUUUCUGCACACACACUGCUGGCCCAGCUGCACGGCAUCACUGCCGCUUUGAACUGCAGCGUGAGCGUGACAGAAGAGGGAGGGAAGGAGAAGGAGGAGAGGAAAAACGAGGAGCGCGGGGAUUUGUGUCAAACGUUCACAGAUUCGGCGGCCAUGAUCACAGCAUCUCAGAAGCGGCUGAAGCAGGCGACCCUGGACCUAGAUCACCUGAUCAUUCCUUUUGAUGUGGGGUUAGGACCUAACAAAUGGAACACUGCAGUCAACGACUCACGGUUCCUGAUGAAAAGCAUUCAGGCCAAAGUGAAUCGGUGCCCUCUGUAG